CCCGGACGUGUUGAGUUCUGAUAAAUUCUUCGCGGGAGCUUGCUUGAAGGAGACGUGAGCCUAGUUCCUUGUCCAAGUGAGGGACUUACUGUUGAGCUGAAUUUUCCAUUCUAGAUGAAGCAGGAGGCUUCCCGAAGUGCAGCCUAUACUGUGGAAUGUGAGGAUUACGUACAUGUGGUGGAAUUCAACCCGUUUGAGAGUGGGACUGUAGAAUCGCUCAUUGCAUAUGGUGGCACUAAUUAUGUGGUUGUCGGGACCUGCAGGUUCCAGGAGGAGGAUGCAGAAGUGGAAGGAAUACAGUAUAAAACGCUAAGGAUGUUUCAUCAUGGGAUUAGAGUUGAUGCCAUUGCAUGGAGUCCAGAAACUAGACUUGAUACUUUACCUCCCCAGAUACGAUUUUGCACUGCUGCUGCUGAUAGAAAGUUAAGAUUAUUCACAUCAGAUCUUCAAGAAAAAGAUGAAUAUAAGAUCUUGGCAGGUCAUUCAGAUUACAUUAAUGAUUUGGUAUUUUCGCCUAAAGAUGGUCAGGAAAUUGCUAGUGUGAGUGAUGACCACACUUGCAGGGUGUGGGACUUGGAAGGGAACUUGAGAGCUUAUUUUGUUCUACGUUCUCCUGGAAUGAGUGUAGGCUGGCAUCCUGAAGAUGCAUUCAAGCUGAUGGUUGCAGAGAAGAAUGGAACAAUACGAUUCUAUGACCUCGUAACCCAUCAGGCAGUUCUAUCUCUCACAACGGAUCAAACACCACUGAUGUCAGCAAACUGGUGUUUAAAAAACACUUUUAAAGUUGGAGCAGUUGCUGGAAAUGACUGGUUUAUCUGGGACAUUACUCGGUCUAGCUACCCUUUGGAGAAGAGACCUGUCCAUGCAGAUAGAGCCAGAUUAUUCAGGUGGUCCAGAGUCAAUGAAAACUUGUUUGGUACUACCGGCUAUCCAGGAAAAAUGACCAGCCAGCUUCUAGUUCAUCAUUUAGGACACCCUCAGCCCAUCCUUAUCGGUUCUGCAUCCGUAGGAUCUGGCUUAACCUGGCAUAGAACACUUCCGUUAUGCGUCGUGGGAGGAGAUCAUAAACUUUUUUUCUGGGUGACAGAAAUGUAAACAUUUAUACAUGGUGUUUAAAAGUCUUGGAUAUUGGGGUGGGGAGUUGCAUAUUUUAUAUUACCAUUUAGUAGCCAGAUGAUAAGGUACCAAAUGACUGUAUACAAGAAAUAAAGACUCUUUGCUGUAUAUUUUUU